CAUCUGGCAAGGCAGUGGGCACCGAGUCACCAGGCACGACAGUGGGCUCCGAGUCAACUGGCAUGACCGCGGGCACUGGGUCAGACAUUGGAUCGUCUGGCCCGACAGCGGGCAUCGGGUCACCAGGUAUGACAGCGGGCACUGGGUCACCAGGCAUCAGGUCAUUUGGCUCGCCAGCGGGCACUGCGUCAUCUGGCAAGGCAGUGGGCACCGAGUCACCAGGCACGACAGUGGGCUCCGAGUCAACUGGCAUUGGAUCGUCUGGCCCGACAGUGGGCAUCGGGUCACCAGGCAUGACAGCGGGUACUGGGUCAUCAGGCAGUGGAUCGUCUGGCUCGACAGCGGAC